GUGUUUAGAAUUGGAAACCUAUAAGGAAUAAAAGAAAUUUAUUGUCAUGCGCUUACACUUGAAUUUAGUUGGAUUUUUGGUAUAUUUGCUGGCGCCCACACUUCAAAUUUGUGCUUUUCGAAGCUCAGGAAAUUGCUCACUGGCCUACGAGGUACCCUUUAAAUUCGUGUGCAAGGGUAAAGUGACGAAAGAUCUGCAAACACUGUUUCGGGACUAUCGAGCACCCCCGGAAACGCCCUACUCCGUGUGGCACAGCGAGGCGGACGACUUCGACAACGACGGCGUUUCGAUGGUCCUGAUCACGUUCUACUCCCCGAAGCUGUCAAGAUUUGACUCCAUCAUUCUGGGAAAAAAUGGGUUUUUGCUUAGCCAAUUCUUCUUAGGGACGUCAGGGAACGGAACCUAUCAACAAGUUAUUGUCUCACCUUCUACUCUGCACUGCUUCCCCUUCAAUCUGCGCUAUCCGAGUGAACUUGAGAGGCAUUGCCUUGGAAAAGGCUUGGGUGACGGAGACGAAGUGGCCAAGAAGCCGAUCCUGUUCUACGGUUCUCUUGCCAUCAAAAUUCCCGAGGUCCCGAUGAGCGGUGCGCGAACAUUCAGUCUGCUAAGGGCGCUGCUGGUAGUCGUGUGUGCCGAGACCCUUUAUUAAUAACUUAUAGAUUUUGUACCAGCGAACACGUUCUCCUUUUCGUACCAAUUAUACAUCAAAAUUUCAUGUUCAAA